UUUCUUUCCCAAUUCCCAAAGAUAAGGUCUAAUUCCCAGCCUCUUGUUACAACAGCACUGUUACGCUUGAUCAGGUGGGCGGGCCUUGAGAGCAGCCAGCCCCCGCCUUCCCCUGAUCCUCCACUGAGAGAAAGAGCGAGAGAAGAGGAGGGAGGAGUGGGGAGGAGUGAGAAAGAGAGAGAGGCAGACUGACUCUGUGAGCUAGAGAAUGGAAGAGCAGUGUGUGAGAGCAAGAGUGAGAGAGUGAGAGCACGAGUACUCUGAGUUUAUGAGAGCGGCAGUCACUUCAGUUACUGUAGGACAACACAGCAGAUUGCUAUCGCAGCACACUGAGAGGAGGACACUAGAAGAAAGAGAUUGACAAAGAGCCUCUCUUUAUUAAGAGGGCACAUCGUGGGACUGACAAUAGCAGCCAACCAGAAGAGUCGUAGGUCGGUGUGUGCGUGAACAACUUCUCCUUGGUCCCCGAGAGAUCACCACCCCUGCAAAGUGCCGAGAUGAUCACAGGGGUCUUUCUGAUCUUGUGGCUGACAGGUCACGGAGUGAAUGCCAUGUUCGCGCAGCAGCCUCAAGACUUGGUAGUUGUGGCUGGUCAGCCGGUCACGCUCCCCUGCUCUAUCCCUGGUUACCAUGGGGUUGUGCUCUGGAUCAAAGAUGGCCUCGCUUUGGGUGUUGGAAGAGAACUUAUAGGUUACCCUCGCUAUGCUGUGGUCGGGGAUCACGGAACUGGUGAACACCACCUUCGCAUCCAAAGGGUGGAGCUGACGGAUGAUGCUGUGUUCGAGUGUCAGGCCAUCCAGGCUGCCAUGAGGUCUCGUCCAGCUCGACUCACUGUGCUAGUUCCACCUGAUGACCCCGUUAUCAUCGGAGGGCCUGUGGUGAGCCUGAGAGCGGGCGACCCCCUCAAUCUGACGUGUCACGCAGACAAUGCCAAACCCGCCGCCUCGAUCAUCUGGAUCCGAAACGGAGAGGUGCUGAACGGAGCCACGUACUCUAAGACUCUUCAUCGAGAUGGACGAAGAGAGAGCACUGUAAGCACCCUCUACAUUUCAGCCUCCAACAUUGAAACCGGGCAGAAGAUCAUCUGCCGGGCGUCCAACAAGGCCGUGCCCAAUGGGAAAGAGACUGGUGUCACUAUUGACAUUCAACACUUGCCGUUGGUGAAUCUCUCGGUGGAGCCUCAACCGGUUCUGGAGGGAAACCUGGUGAAGUUUCAUUGCUCAGCCAAAGCUAAUCCACCAGUCACCCAAUACAAGUGGGCCAAAGGAGGAAUCGUGAUAAAGGAAGUGUCUGGAGACACUUAUGAGGUCAUAGUGGAUCACUCAUUCUUCACAGAGCCAGUUUCAUGUGAGGUCACCAACCCGCUUGGGAGCACAAACAUCAGUCGCAAUGUGGACGUCUACUUUGGACCUCGGAUGGCUGCAGAGCCCCAGUCUUUACAGGUUGACCUGGGAUCUGAUGCUGUGUUUAACUGUGCCUGGACUGGAAACCCCUCUUUAACUAUUGUAUGGAUGAAAAGGGGCUCAGGAGUGGUGCUAAGCAAUGAAAACAUCUUGACAUUGAAAUCUGUCAGGCAAGAGGAUGCUGGGAAGUAUGUGUGCCGUGCUGUGGUGCCUCGUGUUGGAGCGGCCGAGAAGGAAGUCUCUCUCACCGUAAAUGGACCUCCAACCAUCUCCAGCACACAGACCCAUCAGGCUCCACACGGGGAGAAGGGACAGAUCAAAUGUUUCAUCCGCAGCACGCCACCCCCAGACCGCAUCGCCUGGUCCUGGAAGGAGACCGUCCUGGAGUCAGGGACAUCAGGUCGCUACACAGUGGAGACAGUAAGCACAGAGGACGGAGUGCUGUCCACCCUCACCAUGAGUAACAUCGUACCCGCCGACUUCCAGACCAUCUACAACUGCACCGCCUGGAACAGCUUUGGCUCCGAUACAGAGAUCAUUCGCCUCAAGGAACAAGGUGGGAGCCAAGGUUCUCUCCCUGUUGCUGUGAUCAUCGGCGUGGCAGUUGGCGCUUUCGUUGCUUUCAUCGUCCUCAUGGGAACCAUCGGCGCGUUCUGCUGUACGCGCUCUCAGAGAAAAGACGCUCACCUGGUCAUGCCUACACUGCCCACCUCCAUCUGUGCUCAGCAGAGAGAACUUGCAAGCAAAAUUAAGACAGAAAACCUCAAAGGAGUGGUAUCAGCCAAGAACGACAUUCGAGUGGAAAUCGUACACAAAGAUCACAACGCAGCCCGAGAAAACGAGGAUCACUCCGCCAUGAAACAGCUCAUGAUUGAACAGGGAGAGUUUCAGCAGGAGUCCGUUCUGAAGCAACUUGAAGUACUUCAGGAAGAGGAGAAGGAGUAUCAGCACAUCAAGGACCCAACAAAUGGAUACUACAGCGUGAACACCUUUAAGGAGCAUCAUGGCACCCCAACCACGCUGGCCGGAAACCAGACUGCAGAGCUCCGCCGAGACCCUGCCACAGCCACCACCGGCAAGCAGCGGGUUCCCACUGGAAUGUCUUUCACCAACAUCUACUCUACAUUGGGUGCCGGACCCAACCGUCUGUAUGACUACAGCCAGCGGUUCGUGCUGGGCAUGGGCAGCAGUUCCAUCGAGCUUUGCGAGCGAGAAUUCCAGCGAGGAUCGUUGAGCGAUUCCAGCUCUUUCCUGGACACACAGUGCGACAGCAGCGUCAGCAGUUACAGCAAGCAGGACGGCUACGUGCAGUUCGACAAAGACAGCAAGGCUUCAGCCUCCUCCUCGUCCCAUUACUCUCAGUCAUCAUCCCAGAACUCAGACCUCACGCGGCCACUGCAGAAACGCAUGCAGACCCACGUCUGACUGCAGGAGAUGGACAGAAGACAGAGGAAUCCAGUGCUAGGAUUGGCCAAAGGGGAUUGAACCCCCCCCACCCCCCAGAUGAGAAUCAGGAACCACUUCAAGCACAUAUAGCACGCCAGUUUCAUUUUAUCCUCCACUUCUGUUGCUUUUAAGAUUUCUUUGAUUUAUGUGGAUUUCCUCAAUUGUCCAGAUCUUAUUUACAGCUCUGAAAAGCCUUACCAGUUUCAGAACCUUGUCUUGGUCCUUCCAAAUGCUCUAAAAAUCUGGGCCAAAAACAGUGUGCCACAGUGAUGUUACUUGCCAACGUAAAAGGAACCUCUGAAUAGAACUAGUGUCCUUGUUGUAGUGACUUUGAAAUGGCUCGGAAUGUCCUCCUCAAAGAAAGCAUAGCAGCAUUGCUCAAAUGAACUCUUUGAAGACAGUUGAUGAAGGCUACACUUCAUAACUCUGUAGUCCAUUCACUCCUCUGCACCACUAGAGAACAAUGCUCGGUUGCUCUUGUACAUUAAAGCACAACUGUUAAAGUUGUAUGUAAGACUUCUCAAUGCCUCUACCACAGCUAGCUAAACAAAUUAUAUAUAUAUAUAUAUAUAAUUUGGACAAAAAAUGUAUGAACUGAAUUAACAACUAAUGUCUGUCAGAAUCUUUGGAUUCUGGCCCUUCUGACAAAGGUUUGUCUGACAUACAAAUGUGAGAUGUGGCUCUGAGCUGUCGGUUUACCAUGCAGAGAUGGGAUAUAUUUGUGUACUUUGUUGUUCUUUCUUUCUGAAAAUUCUUUAUUUUUAGUGUUUUAACAACAUGGUUUUAAAAUUAAUUGGACUCGCACUGGGAUCUAGGAGAAUGAUGUAAUCUGCUUGCCUUGAGUAAGACUAUUUAAGGCGUGUAGACAUUUGUGGUUGUAAGAGGGAUUUUCACUUUUUUUUAAAAAACUCUUAUUUCCAAAAAGGGUUGAUUUGGGUUGGUGUGAAUAAUGCACCAAUGGUCGGAAACGAUGUGUUUGAAUUUUAAAAAUACACUCGUCCUGUUGUGAGAAGUCGAAUUUUGACACAAAAAAAAAAAUAUUCCUUUUGAUUCAUAAAAAAAAAAACAUCUGUGCUUGUUACACAUGUUCUAGAGAUCUUUUCAAGCUGCUUGUUUCUUGCAGAGCACACAUUUUGUUAACAGUGAAAACACUGUAAAUCACGAUCCGAGUAGUUCGCUUUUUGCUCCAGAUUGAAUCUGUCUACUGUUCAUGUGGUUGGCGUUGGACUGUAGAGCAUUGAUUACUCUCACUGUUAUAAGUGAGUAAUUUGUGUACAUGUUUUUUGAAUGGAGUGUGGGCAUUCAUGCUUAAUGUAAAUGUAUGUUGUUUUAUUUUCCCUUUUUUUUCAAUGUUUUAGUCUACAGAACUGAAAUUGCAAUUCAUGACACUACUGAUAACUCAAGCACUUCUAGACUCGACACUUGUAAAGUAAAACCACUCUUCGACCUGAAUCAGUGUGCUGGAAUCAAGCUAACAACAAUCAAGCUUCGUAUGACAUGUAGAAAGACACAAAAUACACAAAAGCCAGUGCCGUGGUGUAUGAAAAGCUGGAAACUAGAGACCAAAUAUAGUGACAAAACCUUUGACAAGAAUAGCUCAAGACAGACAUAUUUCCAGCUGUUCUGAAAUUAUAACUCUUCCAGGACUCUUCGCAAGAGACUUUAGCUUAAGCCACAGUUCCAAUGGUGCUGGCCCACGUGCUUUGCCAAAAGAAUUGGGAAAUCAUCUGCUCUAUUUCCCAAUUCAUUCUGCAUUUUGGUUAUCACUAUCCUGAAGAGAAAUAGUCAGACUGCCAAAAAAAAAAAAAAAAAGUCUCAAUUAUAGCAACAUGUUUCUAGUGCUAGACUAGAGUACAGCCAUUAUCUAUGUGGUGUUACAUUUAAGUGGCAUAAUUGUAUAAAAUUGCCACUGACCCUUUAUAACAAGGUUCAGGCUCAUCCCAGUACGAGUACAAACUCUGCUUGCAUCCGGUGAUACCGACACCCUUUUUCGCUUCCAAAGUUUACCCGGGUUAGAUGACACUCUGAACCUACAUUUAAUUGACUAACCCCUCCAGUCCUGCCCUGUUACUGCACAAACAGACAGGGUGUGAAAGCUAUCAGUGUAUUUUGCUUAUCAAAGCUUCCAAAACUUCACUCCUCUUUUAUCUCCUCUUCAAGUCAUCACCCAUUCUUCCUUGCUCAUAAAGAUAAAUAUGACCAGACGCGAUCCCUUAAAUAAACAAGGGGGAGGAGCUGUGGCAUCUCCCACUUGAACCGCAAAGAUCUUGGUUUUAACCCAGAGGAAGAUUUGUGAUUUGUACCGACCUGACAAUCCCUCCCUUUAACCCGAAAACAAGAAACACUGCAAGGUGUGACGCCGCUGAGUCAGUCGGCUCUGUAAGCACUUUACGUAUGAUUAUAUUUGUGGCAUUUCAAUGGGUUUCAUACAUGAGUGCUGUUGGAUGAGUCUAAUUUUACAAAUGGAUUGGUGCCCAUUGUGGGGCUUAAACACGAAAAGGCCUGUUUCAGUGCUGAUAAUGCAGCUCAGUCCUCACUACACUGUAUAUAAAUCCCUCAUGCUCUCUGUGUAAAUUUGCAGUUAUUUUGCUUUGUUCUUUAGUCAGUUUGAUUCAUAAAGUGCAGAAAGCAAACUGCACCAUUGAUGCUGUACAAACGAUCACUUUAUAUUUGAUAUUUUUUUUCCUCUUUCAGCAUAGCCAAUGCUAUAGCCAUAGGCAGAGAAGUGUUUCAAAUUAAAUGUCCAUAUGUUUCUUACAGUACCUUGGCCUGUCAUUCUGUAUUCCAACACACAGCAAUCCAGCUUGCAGCGUGCACUGAAUAUAGAUCCGGGGUUUCUACACCUUUUGACCAUUUUGUGAUUACUGGAGAAAUCAUUUUACUGAGACUGACCAGAAAAGGCUAUUUGCGAGGGAGAAGAAAUACCUUAAAGCCGAGCAUAACAAGAAAUAGGCUCAAUAUUGAAGAUAUUUGUGGGUGCCCUGUAAAUAUGGAAAAUGCCAAAUCAUAAUUCUCAUUUCAUAGUAUUAUCAGUUUUAAAUGCAGGAGCCGAAGUGUGAAUACUUUAUCCUGCACUGUAGUUUAAUAAGGAGAGACAACAUGUAAGGAGAGACAACAAGUAAGCCAUUUGUAAACCAUAAAAAGAAAAAAAAAAAAGAAAAAAUUCUCUGUUUGUUUGAAAAUCCACACAUAGCAACAAUGGCUCAACCAAUGGCAUUCGAUUGAGGGCGUGGCUUCCUGUUAGUUUGUGUAAUAAUAGAUUAGGGAAAAAUGAGAAUUCAUUUUUGCAAUUCUGUUUGGUGAUGCUGGUUGCACAAAAAAUAUACACUUCUGCUUUAAAUUGCACAGAAAGUCCGGAAUUUUAGCAUGUUAAAAAAUAUAUAUACAUUGUGUCAAUCACGCUUACACACUGCCUCCAAAACUUUCAUCCGUUAUAAAAAAAUUGGACCCACUUUAUAUUAAGUGGCCUUAACUACUAUGUACUUACAUUUUGAUUAAUGAUUUAGUACAAUAUACUUAUUGUGUGCAUACAUGUUUUUACAUUGUACUUAUAUUAAAAAAAAAACUACAUGUAAUCACAUCUGUAUUUAAUUUCUGUAAUUACAUUUAUAAUUACACUAUUGACCCAUACUUUACACCUUAACACACCCUUAAACUUACCCAUACCUACACAACCCUCUCCCUAACCUUACCCCUAUCCCACCUCAAUAGCAGCAAAAGUGUUUUACAAUACAGUAUGAACACAAUAAGUACAUUGUACUUAUUUUUUUAUGUAAGUACAUAGUAGUUAAGGCCACCUAAUAUAAAGUGGGACCAAAAAAUGUACUAAAUGAUAAUAAAAUAAAAAGGAUAGGAAAGGAUGACGAAUACAAAAAAACGCAUAUGAAAAUUCUCCUGACAUGAACUGAAUCAAGGGCAGUUAUUGUACCGUUCCUUCUGCUGCUGCAUUAACUUCCACUUUAAAAUGCUAAUACAGCCAUAUGGAUAUGUAUUAUUUGACAUGAACAUAUGCAAUAACAAAUUAUACCAUAUGGACUAGUCGAUACGGUCUUAAAACAUGGCAAAAGACUGAAAAAUCCCUCAAAACAGUUCACCAUUCAUGUACAGAAGCCGCUAUGUGCUAGAAUGAGCAUGGCGUCUGUAAGCAAAUAUUGGAUUUGGGCUGUUGUUCUGUUUGAGUAGCUCUGCGUACUCUUUUGUAGCCUGUGUACUUUUCUUAUCGCCCAGCCCUGGUGAGAUUCAAUCCCUUCUCCCACUGGAACGCAAGUCUUGCCCGCUUCACCGGAUGGUCAUACACUUACAACCAAAGCAAACAGUUGAACAAAUACCACUCUGGAUGACGGGCCAGGGUCAUUGCCAGCCGCAGACAGCAGACCACAUUUAUGGCUUUUACAUUUCUCCCCUGACAUUUCAGGACAGCCAGGCGGGCUACUGGCUGAUGAAAUGUUAGGAAUUCCCCUCCCUCGUGAUACCGUUUUAUAUAGACCCCUCCAUUAUAAUGAUCCCUGAGUAAGUUUUGUUUGAGGAUGGUUACAUUCGAGGCUGUAUUGGCAUAUUAUUGUGUAAUAAUUUCUGUACGAAUUGCAUUGGUGAAUUGUUCUCUGUAAAACAAUCAGAAUGUAGGUGAGCGGAAUAUAUCAUGAUGUACAAUGAUGGGCAGCUCUUUCUGAAUGGUUCGUAUCAUUCGUAUCUUUUCUACAUGUCCCGAGCACUCUCUUUGUUAGAUUUUUAUUUGUAUUUUUGUUUCCAAAAAACAACAACUUGUUAGUUUUCAAGUAACAUGCUACUGCCGUAAGAAACAUGGUGUGUGCACAGAGGUCGGGAAAAUCAAUCCAGCAGUUCUGAAGUUAUUAUACUGUAAUGUACCGGGGUUAUGGAAGAAGGUUAACCACUAUUUUCUCACAGUGACUCUCUCUAUCAGUAAAAGCAUUAACAAGAUGUACUUUACCUGUAAUGGUCCGUGAUCUUAUGAUGCUUUGGCUCUGUAUAUUUCUGAAAGAAAAUUGAAAAUCAUUGCAAAAA